AUGGCCAAAGAAUGCAUGGCUGAUAAAAGCAAAGACACCGAAAAAUAUAGAGACCUAAGGAAUUGGAGUUGUGCGGCUAGCUAUGGACUAGGUUCAAGAAGCCCCUUAGGGCAUCUCGAGGAACUCUCAGUUUAUUGCUUCGUUCUACCAACAUUUAGUGGUCAAAGGCAGGUGAAAAAUCCUUUUGAAGAAAACAAAGUAGUUGGAAUCACAAACUACAUUGACUUAGGUUUUGAGCUACAAACAAGGGUUGAUGAUUCCAACACAUCAAACAGUCUCUCAGAUUCUUCUCUGCAGAUGGCUGCGUCUUGGCAGGCCAAUAAGAACUUCUUGCUGAAGGGUAAAGUCGGAGCUCUAAGCUCAACACUCACAUUAGCGUUCAAGUCGUGGUGGAACCCGUCUUUCACAUUCAAUAUUACAGCGACUAAUAAUCAUCGGACUGGAAGAACAGCAUGUGGGUUCGGUCUCCGCGUUGAUAACUUAAGGGAAGCUAGUUACCAAAGAGCUGAUCCAAACUUCGUAAUGUUGACACCAAACAAAGAACAUCUGGCUGAUGGGAUUGUGUGGAAAAUGGGGCAGAGACCAAUGUUACAAUCCGAUUUAGACGCAGAGAAUUUCAGUGAGCUCCCAAAAGAACUUAGACCGUCCCAGCAGAUUCUCUAAACUACAUGAAGUCUUAGUUUUGUCACAUUCCGAUGACAUCUCGACAAACCAUAGCGUUCAACAUGGUUGACUCUUUUUCCUUACAAACCAAUAAGAGAUAUAAAGAUUUAUUUAGUUUAUUUAAGAUUUCUUGGUAAAAACACAUCAAGAUAAUUUGGAUAAAAAUUCCUCAAUUAACAAUUUGAUAUAGUUAAACAAAAUUUUAAUAAUCUCGCAUUGGUGGAGAUUUUGGUGGAUGAAGAUCUUAGUAUUAUUACUUUGAAAAAUUGGAGUAUUCCUUGAUCUUCAUUUCAUCAAGAAACCACCCUCAAUGCGUUUCAGCCGCCUCAGCAAUUCGAUGCUGAAGGAAUCUUGGUUGAUGAAGCGGCUAAGGAGAGGUUAAAGCAAGUCCUUGUAUCGUUAAAAGCAUUUACUUUUCUUCUUCAAGAUAACUAAGUGAGCCAAUUCUUGAUCAUUUGUGUGAGAUAUGAAAUAAUGUCAUUUGGUGAGAGAAGAAGCAGUGUCACUAUUACAUGAUACAAGUAUGUUUUAUCAAACGAGUGAUGAAUUGUGUUUGUGUCUCCUUGAUAAGAAGAGUGAUCUUCUUCCACGAACAGUUGAGCUAAUCUCAUCACUCAAAGCCCCCACGCUUAAAACCGUUCUCAAUCUUACUAUGCUGCUUUUCAUCCGAGAUGGCUUCAAGAUUUAGAUGGUCAGAGUGAUUGUCCUCAAGGUACUAUUUGUCGUUUGCAAUAAUGGAGAUUUAUUUUGGUAAAUUAUUCACCUAUUUUCCAAUCCCACUAAGAACAUUUCUCACCAAAAUAUAAAGAGACAAAGAAGUUGACUUAUGAACAAAGUGGAUUCAAUGAUGUCAGUUAGACAAAGCAUGCAUGAGUUCGGUCUCUCCAUGGACUUUCGGAAGCUACUCAGUAGAAAACUAGAAAUGCCAAAAGGUAGUAAAAUUGUAGAUAGAUUCUUAUAUAUUUAUAUUCUUAA